UCUUAUUUUUUUAACAUUAUUUAAUAUAUUUUAAACGCCUUUCUAUAAUUUUUGAAAGUCAUUACCUUUUGCACUUCAAACAAAUUAAACAAUUGUGAAUGUUUUUGAUUAUUUACAUUUGCGGUGAUUUCCACUAAAAAAUAUAUUAACGCUGUGAAUAUAAAAAAAAUUCAACCAAAACAAAUUAAAGCCGCAUAAAUUGAGCGACACAUGCUAUAUUUAUUAAAUAAACUAAGUAAUAAUUAUUAAUAUUGAAAUAUGACCGCAGAAGUAGUCGAUCCGCCUGCUUCUGAUAUCGAUAACAAAAUUGCUCCUGAUGCAUCGCACGGAAACCAACAUGCUCCUGAUCAACUAAGACAAAUUAAUGAAAUAUUUGAAUUUCUCAGUUUCAAUCAAAAAAUUGUCUUUAAAUCGCAACAAAUUGAUGAUCCAGAACUCAUGCGCGAUGAAAAAGUGCAUAUAGCACGCGAAAUAUAUAGUAAAAGUGCACAAACGUUUCUAAUGCGUUUUGGUAGUUACCUGGAAGAACACCACCUAGAGAGCUUUGCACAGAUUGUCAAUGCAAACCAUGAAGCUAAUGAUGAAAUUGAGUUGUUACUUGCGGACUAUCGCAAUAAAUUACACACACGCAAGCGGGACGUAAAGAACCGUCGAUACGCGGCUAUGCAGCAACUAAUUUCUGAUGGUGAAUAUUUCAGUGAGCAAGAAAUGAUGAAACGAGCGCCGGAACUAUAUCAAGAGUUGAUAGGACAAUAUUUAAGCGAGGCGGAAAAGAAGCAAAGAGACGAGUAUGAUGUUAAAAACACUACUUUCUCGGGCAUAUUGAUGCAUACGAUGGAACAGCAACAAUUGCAAGAUGUGCUUAAGUUAGCGGACAAGCAAAAUGUUAAAACCAGACAGUUGGAACGUGCGAUAGAAAUGCACGAUAUUAAUGCAGAUGAGACAACACAAAGUACAAAAAGUAGUAGUGCUGAUGACACAAGCGAAGAGAAAGAAAGUAACACAAUGGAAGAUGAAGUGCCUGUUAGUUUCCGUCAGCAGUGGGGUAAUUUCGAUAAUGAACAAGUAGCCUGUUCAACCAGCGCAACCAGCCAGCAAGCUAAGAAAAAUAAGCAAGAAAAACACAAACAAAAUCAAAUAGCAAGAUUGAGUAGGAAACCAAAAGUAGAUACCUUCAUAACAGCAGGCGAACGGGAUCUACUGCGUCAAGAAUUCGUUGGUAUUAUGCAUGAACAAUUCCUCAGUGGUGGCGACGAGGACUUCGAUUACACGCAGGUGGAUGAUAAUACGCAAUUAGAUGAUCUCAGUCAAAUAAAUGAAGACAAAGAAGAUGCAUAUUUCGAAGAGAGCGACUAUUCGGAUGCGGAAAACAGUGAUAUUAGAAGAGAAGCUAAGGAGGACAGUGUGGAUUAUGAAGAAUCAGAGGAUGACCUUGAUGUGUUUAUGAACCAUUUGAAUCAACAUCAUAGUUUACAAAAAUAGAUUUAAGACUUGUUAUAGUUAAAGAAGUAUGCAAAAUGUAACAUACACACGUGUUUUCAUUUUCAAAACUGA